AAAUCAGAUUCUUUUACUCAAAAAGAAAAAAAGAAAAGAAAAAUCUGUCUCUCAUAUCUCUCUUCUUCCUGCUUCCUUGGUUUCAUCGUCCACUGCAUUUUCAUAUCUCAACAAUGGCGUCAUUGUCGGUACCUUUCGCCAAAAUCUCUGCUCCAAACCGGCGAAUCGGAUCAAUUCCUGGAAUCCGAUGGCAGCCGCAACCCAACGGAAUCUCCGUUCUCUCCAACGUAUCUCAGAAUCAAUCUACAAUGUGGAGGUUGAGUGCGACAACCAAUGAGGUUGUCUCUAACUCGACCCCAAUGCCUAAUGGUGGGUAUUUGAACGGAAAUGUGAAGACCAAUGUUCCUGAACCCGCCGAGAUCUCUGACUUUAUGGCUAAAGUCUCUGGUCUUCUUAAGCUUGUGGAUUCAAGAGACAUAGUGGAACUUGAACUGAAGCAGCUUGACUGUGAAAUUGUUAUUCGAAAGAAGGAAGCUUUACAGCAACCUGCACCACCAGCUCCAGUUUAUCACUCGAUGCCUCCUCCUCCAAUGGCGGGCCUUCCAAUGCCUCCAUCUCAACCAGUGGCUUCUCCUGCUCCCUCCUCAUCCCCUGCAACAGCAAAACCAGCAACUGCUCCUUCCUCUUCUCAUCCUCCACUCAAGAGUCCUAUGGCUGGUACUUUCUACAGAUCUCCUGGACCGGGUGAACCCCCUUUUGUCAAGGUUGGAGAUAAGGUGCAGAAGGGUCAAGUUGUUUGCAUUAUCGAAGCUAUGAAACUGAUGAACGAGAUUGAGGCUGAGAAGUCAGGAACCAUCACUGAAUUACUGGCUGAAGAUGGAAAACCAGUCAGCGUUGACACGCCUCUGUUUAUCAUCGUACCAUGAAACG